GCCAAUGCUGCAUUGCGGGCAGCCGCGUCUUUGUCCACGAAGACAUUUACGAUGACUUCCUCGCCAAGUCGGCGGCCGCGGCGGCCAAGAACGUCGUCGGUGACCCGUUCUGCGCCAAGACAACCCAAGGACCGCAGGUCAACGAAGAGCAGUUCCGCAAGAUCCUCGCGUACAUUGAGACGGGCAAGCGCGAGGGCGCGCGGCUCCUCACGGGCGGCAAGCGCCACGGCAAGAAGGGCUGGUUCAUCGAGCCAACGGUCUUCGCAGACGUCGAGGACCACAUGACGAUCGCGAAGGAAGAGAUCUUUGGGCCUGUCAUGUGCAUCCUCAAGUUUAAGGACGUCGACGAUGUGAUUGCGCGCGCCAAUGCGUCCGAGUACGGCCUCGGCGCUGGCGUCGUCACCAAGGACAUUGGCAACGUCAUGAAGCUCACGAAUGGUCUCCGCGCUGGCACGGUGUACGUCAACUGCUACGACGUCUUUGAUGCAGCGGCGCCGUUUGGCGGCUUCAAGAACUCGGGUCUGGGCCGCGAGCUCGGCGAGGCGGGUCUCCGCCCGUACGUUGAAAACAAGACGGUCAUCAUCAAGCAGUAA